GGCCCGGGUGCAAACAGUGCGGUCAGCUGACUCGGCCAAGUGCGCCGUCAUCCCGGCUAUAAGCGCACGACCUGCGGCGCUCCGCUCGGACCCGGCCGACGCCACCAUGCAGCCCCCCAGCCUGCUGCUGCUCGUCCUCGGCCUGCUGGCUGCGCCCGCCGCCGCGCUCGUCAGAAUUCCACUGCACAAGUUCACCUCUAUCCGCCGGACCAUGUCGGAGCUGGGGGGCCCCGUGGAAGAUCUGAUCGCCAAGGGCCCCAUUUCAAAGUAUGCGCAGGGGGUGCCCAGUGUGGCAGGGGGCCCCAUUCCGGAGAUCCUCAAGAACUACAUGGACGCCCAGUACUACGGGGAGAUUGGCAUCGGGACACCCCCGCAGUGCUUCACGGUCGUCUUUGACACCGGCUCCUCCAACCUGUGGGUCCCCUCCAUCCACUGCAAGCUGCUGGACAUCGCCUGCUGGAUCCAUCACAAGUACAACAGCGACAAGUCCAGCACGUACGUGAAGAACGGCACCUCCUUCGACAUCCACUACGGCUCCGGCAGCCUCUCCGGGUACCUGAGCCAGGACACCGUGUCGGUGCCCUGUAAGUCGGCUCUGUCGAGCCUGGCUGGCGUCAAGGUGGAGAGGCAGACCUUCGGGGAGGCCAUCAAGCAGCCGGGCAUCACCUUCAUCGCAGCCAAGUUUGACGGCAUCCUGGGCAUGGCGUACCCCCGCAUCUCGGUCAACAACGUACUCCCCGUCUUCGAUAACCUGAUGGAGCAGAAGCUCGUGGAGAAGAACAUUUUCUCCUUCUACCUGAACAGGAACCCCGGUGCGCAGCCUGGGGGUGAGCUGAUGCUGGGCGGCACGGACUCCAAGUACUACAAGGGCCCCCUGUCCUACCUCAACGUCACCCGCAAGGCCUACUGGCAGGUCCAUAUGGAACAGGUGGACGUGGGCAGCAGCCUGACGCUGUGCAAGGGAGGCUGCGAGGCCAUCCUGGACACGGGCACGUCCCUCAUCGUGGGCCCCGUGGACGAGGUGCGCGAGCUGCAGAAGGCCAUCGGGGCUGUGCCGCUGAUCCAGGGCGAGUACAUGAUCCCCUGCGAGAAGGUGUCCACCCUGCCCGAGGUCACCCUGAAGCUGGGCGGCAGGGCUUACACGCUGUCCUCAGAGGACUACACGCUCAAGGUCAGCGGGGGUGGGGCGGGGCGGGGCGGGGCGGCCGGGGACCCUGGAGGCUCUAGCUUGCUGCCCAGCCUCACGGGCGGAGGGCUGGCUCGUCCUGAGGCCUGGGGCAGUGACCAGCAGGAUGUGGCCUUGGCGGGAGGCUGCAGGGUGUAA